CUUUCUCUCUCUCUCUCUCUCUCCUCUUUUCUGGAUCUACGGUGACGAAAUGGCCACUUCCAAUGGCACCGACAACAAAACCACACCGACACCGUCCUCCGGAUCGGCGUUGAUCUUUCUCGGAACUGGCUGUUCAAGUAUGGUUCCCAAUGUAAUGUGUCUCAUCAAUCCCGCUAAUCCUCUCUGUUCCGUUUGCGCUCAAUCAUUAUCUAUUCCCCCUGACAAAAACCCUAAUUACAGGUGUAAUACAUCUUUGUUAAUUGAUUACUGUGGAAGUAAUGGUAAUCAUAACUAUAUAUUGAUUGAUGUUGGGAAGACGUUUAGAGAGACUGUGCUUAGAUGGUUUGUUCCUCAUCGGAUUCCAAGAAUCGAUUCCAUUAUUUUGACUCAUGAACAUGCUGAUGCAGUCCUUGGAUUGGAUGACAUACGUGCUGUGCAGCCCUUUAGUCCAACAAAUGAUAUUGACCCCACCCCAAUCUACCUGAGCCAGCAUUCAAUGGAUAGCAUACAAGAGAAGUUUCCUUAUUUGGUUCAGAAAAAACGCAAGGAAGGGUCAGAAAUACGAAGGGUAGCUCAGAUUGCCUGGAACAUUAUUAAAGAUGACUGCAAUCAACCAUUUUUUGCAUCAGGAUUAAAAUUCACUCCUUUACCAGUAAUGCAUGGAGAGGAUUACAUUUGUUUGGGCUUUCUUUUUGGUGAGAAAAGUCGGGUGGCUUAUAUAUCUGAUGUUUCACGGAUUCCCGCGAGUACAGAGUAUGUCAUUUCGAAAAGUGGAGCUGGACAGUUGGAUCUUCUUAUAUUGGAUUCGUUGUAUAGGACUGGGUCACAUAAUGUUCACCUUUGUUUUCCACAGACUCUUGAAACUGUGAAGAGGUUGUGUCCAAAGCAAACCCUUUUGAUUGGAAUGACUCAUGAGUUUGAUCACCACAAGGACAACGAGUUUUUGAAAGAAUGGUCCAAAAGGGAAGGAAUUCCGGUGCAGCUUUCCCAUGAUGGUUUGAGAGUCCCCGUAAACUUAUAGUGAAGAAAGGGUAAAGCAUGUGACAAUGUACCAUAUACAGUUGAUCUUAUUUAGAUUCCAAAGAGGCUCAGUUUCUGUCGCAAUCCUAGGAACUGACAGUUUUGCUAGAAGGCGGCAUUUAUGGAUUUAACACUUGAUAACUUAAUAUAUUAUUGUGGUGAAAAUCUCGAUUUUGUUUUUAGUUAAACUCUUGAAAUCUGUAUUAGAACGAUUUUUAUUGCAAAAUUGGAGAGCAAAUUGGAUAGCAAUGAGUUUUAAGAGUUAAGAAAUCCACCUGUAUCCUGAGAUUCUUUUGCAAGGUCACUUUAUUCACCACUAAUUUCCUGAUAAGAGAUGUAAUCUUAUAGUGAUUGUUGUUAUAAAUUAUAAAUAAUAAAUGGUCGACUGACCAUUUGAUUGUUUUUCACA